GAAGGAGCAGCUUUUAUACAAAUUGUAUCCCAUAAUAUCCACACCAAUCUUCAGGCAGUCUGACUGUCCUGUGGGUAAUCAGGGGUGGAAAUGUCCCUUAUGCUGUGUGAGAAGACCCAGCUGAGAGAGCUGUUUACUCGGCGCUUUGUGCUGAACUGUUUGAGUGUUGGGUGUUGAAUUUCCCUUUUGAUUUGCAGGCUGAGUUUUGUUGAUGGCUCAUUCCUGAAAUUGGAUGCCGGGUGUCUGAGGAUUCUCGUCAAUUUCCUGAUGUUAAGUUCUCUAUGUGUGUUGGGAAGUGGUUAUGAUCGUGUGAACUGGGAAUGGUUAUUUCUAUCUCUGUGUUGGGAUCUGGACGUUUUCUGUCUUUUCGAAACCUUUGAAGAGCUCCCACUACUCUAUCUUUCUGAUCGUACCAGAAAAGAGCUAAGACUUGUAAUUAUUAUAGGGCUAUCGUGGCCACCAAUAACCUAAAGUGCUUUACAGCCAAAGAAGUCUGUUUUGAAGAUGGUCAUUGUUGUAGCGUAGGAAAAUUUGCAGCCAAUGCGUGCACGGAAAGGCUUCACAAAUGGUAAAGUAGUGACGACCAGACAGUCGUUUUUGAUGGUGUUGAUGCAGAUUUAAUUUUGCCCACAUCACCAAUGGUAACUCCCAUAAUCUUCAAAAUUACACCAUGGAAUCUUUCACUCUCACCUUAGAGAGAGGAGAAAAAGCAUCUAUUUAACAACAUAGCUAAAUUCCAGCACCACUCAUAAUACAGCACUCUCCUAUCCUACAAUGGAAAUUUUCAAAAACUGACUUAGCAGCAUCAGAGAAGCAGGAAAGUUUGAUGUUUUGGGUCAGGACCCUUCUUCAGAAGAAACGUCAAACUUUCCUGCUCCUUAAAUGCUGCUUGGCCUGCUGUGUUCAUCCAGCUUCACACCGUGUCAUCUCAGAUUCUCCAGCAUUGGCAGUUCCUACUGUCUCUUCAAAAACUGACUGGAUGUUUGGUAGGAGCUAUAAAUCUUCAUUGAUCUUAUGUAACCGUCCAGGUUUCAGUUAUUAGGCAAAUACUGACUCAGAAUCAGAUGAGAAGACAUUCGGACAGAUUAUUACAAUUUUGGGCAAUGAAGUUGGUCUUCAAGUGGCUCUUAAAGGACAUCGCAAUGUGGAAAAGCGGGUAAGUUUUGAGAGGGAAUUCCAGAGGUUGGGGCCUUGGCAUUCCAAGCCACGGACCCCAGUAUGAGGGAAAAAAAUGGGAGAAGUUUAUGAGGCCAGAUCUGGAGUAGUACAGGGGCUUGACAAGGUUGUAGGAAUGGAGGAGAUGACAGAUAUAGAGAAGACAAAAUUUGUAGAAGGAUUUUCAAACCAGGAAGAGAGGUGUUUUCAGAGUGGGAGCAAUUACAAAUUAGCCAGCACAAGUAUAAUGAGUGAAUGGUACAUGGUGUGAGUGAGGAUGUAGGCAGCAAAGAUUUGGAAUGUUGAGGUGAAUGAUGAUGAUGAUGUGGUUUUAACACAUGCAGCAACCUUCUUGGUGAGGGACACAUUUUCUGUGCAUCCAGUGAGCGUAAAUAUCAGACAUUCCCAAGCUGCCUGAGGACUGUAUUCCCUUCUUUAAUUUUAAAGGUAGAAUGGGAUCAUUUCCAGAAGGUUUAACCCUAGAAUCCUUUCAUUUCUCUUUAAGUAAUUAAAAUUCCUGUAGAUUACUGAUGGUGGAGGUCUGGAAUAAUACAUUUCCCUGAGGAAGUGUUGCUUAAUCGGAGGGGCAGCACUAAGGGAGAGCUCCCUCCUCAGAUGGGCAGGAUUGAGGGAGAUUACUUAUUAUUGGACUUGUUAGUGAUUGUUUAUCAUUGUUGGCUUGGUCACUUAAGAGGGCAGUUCAGAGUCAACCAUGUUGUGUGGGACUGGAGUCACAUGUAGACAGGAUGAAGCAUUUGUGUAGAUUCCCUUCCUUGAAGGAUAAUAUUUGGAUUUUUAGGACAAACUAAAAGUUUUCACACUUUUAUUUCACAUGAAUCACAAACACCAGCAUGGACCGUUUGGCAAGUGACCAGUUUCUCACUGUCAUCGUAUGGAUUCAUUUGAACUCUCAGUCUCUGGAUUGUUGAUCCAGCUGUCAAAACUGGAGUUACAUUUCUUGAAAUAUCUUUUAAUGCUUAAAACCUGGGCUUGGAUUUGAUUUUUUUUCCCAGAGCUGUAGCUCACGACUGAACUUGGGAUGUGUAGUCUCAGUGAGUGCAGUGUGAAUAAUUUCCCAAGAUAAACCAGAACACUUCAACCAGCUACAUUAAACUGUCCUCCGCUCCAUCCCCUGCACUCAUGCCCAUUGAGUUUUCUGAAAGUAAUUUGAAAACAUAAGAAGAAAUUUUAUUUAUUUUAGUGUUUUUUAUAUUAAACACAUUAUGUACGGUAAGACUGGUCUUUACCAGCAAUGCACAAACUCAGCAAAUUGAGAGCCUGUUUAACACUCUGUCCAAUUGUCUUUUCCAUUGUUUUCAUGGUGCCUGGGAAAUGGGGGUCUGGAUGGAGGAGAGCAAGUAGCCACAUUGUCUACUCCAGGUCACUAUCCAGUGUCCUUACUGGAAACAGAGGGCGUGUGACAGUCAAGUGAGGAAAGGAAAGGACUUCUUUCUGAUCGACCUCCAACAUGAGGAAUAGCAGACUGGCACUUGCUGUUUAACUGUCUCACACUUAGGAAUCAGCCCCUCCAGCAAAGGAGGAGAGGGAGUUGGAGGAAAUCAUGUUUCCUUUUCCUGUUUUACUGAAGGAUUGCACCGUACUACACCAGAGGAUACAGAAAGGAUAGACAUCGCAAAUAGAUCCUGACCAUCACUAAAGGAAAAAUCGCACAACUGUGGGAAGAGAUCCAGUUCCUUCACAGCAGUGCUGAACACAGAGAAGAUUGGGCAGUGAACCUAUCAGCUGGAAAUUUUUCAGGUCAGGGAGCUUUGACACAUCACAAGAUCUGAAACUCUGAAGUUGAAUUUCCAUCAAAACCAACCUCAGGGUGAGGCUGGGAAGAAGUGGUUCCAAGUGUGGUGAAAACUUCAUUCAUUCGUUCAGCCUCGAGAACCACUGACUCAUUCCUAUAGGGGAGAGGCUGUUCAAGUGUGAGAAGGUUGCACUAGUUCAUGCAUCCUGUUUACAGGAUUCUUAUAGAACUGUUAACACAAGGGCAACUUCAUGAAAGGGGAUGGAUGAAGUGUGCAACUGAGCUUUUACAAAGUUAUCAAUGCUUGCGAACCACCAAAGCAUUCACACUGGGGAAAAACUGCUCAAAUGUGAAAUGUGUAAUAGGGCCUUUCCACAGUUAGCAGGCCUCGUGAACCAUCAACACAUUCAUACAGGGAAGAAACUGUUCACGUGCAGGGUGUGUGGUAAAUCAUUCUUACAGUCAUCGACCCUUCUCGUGCAUCAAAAUAUUCACACAGGAGAGAAACCAUUCACUUGCAAUGUGUGUAUCAAAUCAUUCUCGCAUUCAUCAACCCUCCGUGUUCAUCAACGCAUUCACACAGGAGAGAGACCGUUCACAUGCACAAAAUGUGACAAAUCAUUCUCUGACUCAUCACACCUCCGCAGACACCAACGCAUUCACACAGGGGAGAAACCAUUCAUAUGUGAGGUGUGCAACAAACCAUUCGCAUCAUCAUCAGAUCUUCAGAGACACCAACGCAUUCACACAGGAGAGAAACCAUUUAUUUGUGAUGUAUGCAAAAAAUCAUUCUCAUCAUCAUCGGAUCUCUGUGUGCAUCAACGCAUUCACACAGGGGAGAGACCGUUCACAUGCGAGGUGUGUAAUAAAUCAUUCUCACACUCAGGAAAUCUCCACACACAUCAACGCAUUCACACAGGAGAGAAGCCGUUCAAAUGCGAAGUGUGUGAUAAAUCAUUCUCUGACUCUUCGAGACUUCUGGUUCAUCAGAGGGUUCAUACUGGGGAGAAACCAUUUAAAUGUGGUGUGUGUGACAGAGCAUUUUCGCAGUCAGUGAGCCUCCGUGUACACCAACGCAUCCACACAGGGGAGAAACCAUUUACGUGUAAUGUGUGCAACAAAUCAUUCUCGAGGUCAUGGAAUCUCCUGCUCCAUCAGAGGAUCCAUACAGGGGAGUAAACUUUCAAAUGUGAGAUUUAUGAUGAAACUUUCAUGAUGGAGUUGACCAUCCAGAACAUGAAAAAAUGCACACAGUGGAGAAAUUUCCAAGAUGGUGUUUGAAACAAGGCUUUCACACAGUCAGUAUAUGUCAUGGUCUAUCAAUGCACUCAUGUGGAAGGAAUCCUAUCAGUGUAGGUUCUGUAAUAAAGCCUUGCACAAAGCAAAUACCUAGUUAAAUUCAUACUUAUCUGUCAUCAAAGUGAGAUUCUCUACGUAACUCACUGCAAAGGAUGGUAUUGGUUCAAGGAACAGGAAGUAGAUUUCACUCACAUCAUAACACCAGUACUGAGGUACUGCUAUCAACAGCAGCUCUCUCUGAAGGAAGUUGAUGAUGUUUGUACAGAGUGUAAAAUCUCCCAGGUUCAACAAGAAAUAACAGAAUAAAUAUGAACUGGAAGUCAUCAACUCAGAGAGACAAAUGUGCCUGAUAUUCCUUUCUCCAGAUUGUUCAAGAUCAGAUGUACAACUCAAGAUGUUGGGGCUUUCCAUAAGUCCCAAUUCACUGACUCUGUGGGAACUGCUUUGGAGAUAGACAUGUCUGACUUUAAAUUCCUGGGUGUUCGGUACCUUCUGGAAGAGAACCUCUGACUGAGUUUGAGUCCAAGACUUCAUAUAAUUCUGAUGUAUGCAUGUGAAAAAAUGUAGUCCAAUUCCUGAGUAUCUACAGACUUGACCCCAAUCACGCAGACUGAUUCUCUCUGUAACUCCCUGCUUGACAUUCUGACCAGCCCUCCCUACCACCAACACUACGAGAACUAACCUACUCUGACUAUACUCCACCACCUGUCCACACGCUGAUGAGCCCCAAACCUGAAAACAACUUCUUGAACUGACUGCACCCAAAAUAUCCCACCCAUUCCCCAAUCUGACUCAACUGUCACCUGACUCACAUACCCACUUACAUCAUCAAACCUAGCAACUUACAUUCCCAUUUAUAUGGUCUACCACCUGACUUAAUGAUGCACAGACCCAGUUGCAUAUGCACAAACAUUUGUGCAGGAUGUUUAUGUUAUGCUGGUUAUUACAGUAAAAUGGGAGUGUGUCUUCACUACUGAUUCACUUCACUGUACUUUGUGCAGAUCCUUGCACUCAUUCUCUUCACUGCUAUCUGUGUGGAUUCCUGUCCUGAGGGAGUUCUUCUGGAUGCUGCAUUGGAAGGCAGCAGAUUUUCUUUAUUUUUGGUAGGGUUACUGACCAAUACUGCAACUCCUGGCCCAUUGCUCCCAGGACCUGCACUGCCCUCGCCUCAGCACUCAGAUUCUUCCCCACCACUCCUUAAAUCAAACCUCUCCCUCCUUUCAGCUACUGAUCUCCCGGUUCUUAGCCUGCUAGUUGGAAAGGCUCUGAUGCAUUGAGAGACGUAGGUAACAGAACUUUUAAACAUCCUCAGAAGAGUUUACAAUAUCUUGUGAGGACUGUUACAAUAAAGGCUCUGGAUUACUCAAAUUAUAUGCUGACCAAAAGGUCUUGUAGGAUAACAUAGAACAUUACAGCACAGUACAGGCCCUUCAGCCCUCAAUGUUGUGCCGACCUGUCAUACCAAUCUGAAGCCCAUCUAACCUACACUAUUCCAUGUACGUUCAUAUGCUUGUCCAAUGAUGACUUAAAUGUAUUAAAGUUGGCGAAUCUACUAUAACUA